GUUCAACGUCAACUUCGUUCCGGAAACUCUCAGGUGGGUUUGAUCGGACGUAGAAGGUCCAUCCGAUGAUCCUUCUCCAAGCUUGUACGUGGCUACCCUUCAAGUAUCUAGCGCUGUGUUUGUAUGUCCAGGCUUGCAGUCCGAGUGGUCCCGUUAUUGAAAGACCCCACCUUCUCACCUCAUCGGAUAACUACGAAUCCGUCCCUGUUAUAAGUUUAUUGAAAGCCCAGAGCUUCUCAUCUUCAGCCCCUUCAACACCUACUCAUUAUUCAAAGACCCUGUGUUAGGUGAGAUUGUUCCCUUGCAACGAGGCUAACCCACCGAGGCUAUUGUCGCAGAGGUGAAUUUGCAAUACAGCACAGACGGGCAUCUACCCUUCCAUGUUCAUUCUUCAUGGCCCCUCACCCUUUUCGUAUAUUGAGCGUUGAGGAGACUCAGGUUGCACGAGAUGUCGUUCUCUCCCUACAUCCCGAUGUUGUCGUCGACUUUCGUGAGAUCUACCUCCAGGAGCCAGCCAAGCAAGGGAUGAAAGAGUACUUAGACCUCGAACAUUCCGCAAAGCUAUCUCCUACUUCCAAGCGACCACCACGCCUAGCAAAGUGUCAGUACGACAUUGUCGGCUCGGACAGGAUCCCAGAGUACCAUGAAUCUAUUGUCGAUGUAGGUAUUAGGAAGAGGGUGAGGCAUGAAGUCAUUGGCAAAGAAAACCACGCAUCUUUGACGCUGUGGGAGUUUCAAAUAUUGCUAGAGGCCUGUAAGAAAUCAGAUAUGUGGCAACACGCUGUUGCGGAAUUGAAACUCCCGGAUGGCUUUGAGCUAGUCGUCGAGCCGUGGCCAUACGGUGGGCUUGACAUCGGCGCUGAAAACCGAAGAUACUUCCAAGGAUUGUGUUUUGCACAAGAUACCCGAAAUGGAAACGCGGAUUCGAACUUCUAUGCGUAUCCGAUUCCGCUCAUUCCUAUCUUGGACGCCCACAAGAAAGAAAUCAUCCGGGUCGAUAGGCUUGCAACCGGGGGCAAAGGGGAUCCCCUCAGCGGCAAGACCCACUCUGAACGUGUUGUAGACCAUUGCCAGGCUGGAGAGUAUGUCCCAGAGUUGGUGAAAGGCGGUAUACGAAAAGAUCUAAAGCCAAUCAAUAUCACACAGCCUGAAGGACCUUCUUUCAAAAUUACGGAUGAAAGUUUGGUGGAAUGGCAAAAGUGGAGAUUCCGCGUGUCUUUCAAUCCUCGCGAGGGAGCGGUCAUCCACGACGUCCACUACGAUGGGAGGAGCGUUUUGUAUCGUCUCAGCUUGAGCGAAAUGACAGUGCCCUACUGCGAUCCGCGUCCGCCAUUCCACCGAAAACAGGCCUUUGAUUUUGGUGAUGGAGGUGCGGGAAAUUGUGCCAACAAUCUUUCCCUCGGCUGCGACUGUCUUGGUCUGAUAAAGUAUUUUGACGGCGUUGUGGUCGACUCCACUGGCGAACCACGAGUUCACCCGAACGUUAUCUGUUUGCAUGAGCAAGAUAACGGGAUUGGAUGGAAGCAUACGAACUGGAGAACAGGCCGUGCGGUUGUCACCAGAUACCGAGAGCUCGUAGUCCAAUUCAUCAUAACUCUAGCAAACUACGAAUAUGUUUUUGCUUUCAAAUUUGACCAAGCAGGCGGCAUCACGAUCGAAGCUCGCGCUACAGGUAUUGUGAGUGUUGUGAACAUUGAUCCUGGUAAGACUUCUGAUUAUGGCAAUGUUGUUUCUGGAGGAGUACUUGCGCAGAACCAUCAGCACAUAUUCUGUGCACGCAUUGAUCCUGCAAUCGACGGACACUCGAACACUGUGCUUCAUGAAGAAUCACAUACAGCCCCUUGGGAUAAGGAAAAAAAUCCAAACGGGAACCUCUACGAGGUCCGGAAGACGAUCGUGAACCGCUCCGCCGGACUGGAUGCAGCGCCCCAUCACAACCGCGUUUUUAAAGUCAUCAACCCUAACAAGAGGAAUCCAAUCAGUGGAAGCCCGGUCGCUUAUAAAUUCACACCUCCUCCGACUCAGAAGCUUCUUGCAACUCCUGGCUCUAUUCAAGCGAACCGAGCACUCUUCGGCCAACACCAUGUCUGGGUGACCAAGUACCAGGAUAAUGAGCUAUAUGCCGCCGGCCGCUUCACUCUUCAGUCCCAGCUAGAAAGAGGAGGUGUUGCGGAUAUGGUGAAGCGAAACGAUGAAGUAGUGAAUGAAGAUGUGGUAAUUUGGAGUGUCUUCGGUCUCACCCACAACCCGAGAGUCGAAGACUGGCCUGUCAUGCCUGUUGAUAUCUUCCAAGUCAACCUUAGACCCUCUGACUUCUUUACGGCGAAUCCGGCCAUCGACGUGCCUAGCACGAAGAACACUGCCUCAGUCUUGGUAGAUGAUAAGAAGGAUUGUUGUACGGCAGGAAAGCUUUGAGUGCGUCGUCCUACCGAAGAGACAAUUACAGAUUCCCUUUUUGAGAACCUAGGUGAGAGGCAUCCGGGCGGAGCAUGGGAAACCCUUUACGGAACAUUGGACGAUCUUAGUGUGCAAUAUCUAUGGGAAUGUCUAUACUAACAAUUUGGCCUGCCUCAGUAUGCUUGAAGCAUCACUCUAAGCCAAUAUGUUGGAUUAACGCAGGUUGGGAAAGGUGGCAUGUGAUGAAGCCAAAGCACUCAGGCUACCUGUUCUCGUUCUUUCUCCUCACUUUUUGUGUAUUGCUGGCGACACGCAGCCUCCUGCAUCUUCAUAGUAGAAAGUGCCGAACAAUCGAAAGGCG